CCUUGUCGCCUAAAUUUUGGCCUGUGACGAAAAUUGAACUUUUCAUUAUUCGACCAACAAGAACAAUGUGUCGAUAGCACCACGCGCAAUGGCACCAGAGCUCUCAAGCAACUGGAAGAAGCUUCAAGCUAUACUGAAGCAGGAGGAAAAGGACAAGCCUGACCGGAAACGAAAAGAAAUUCCUACGGAGAGGCAGCGCAAUACGAUCGCAGCAAAGCGUCGCCGAUUGGAUUUGAAGCCAUCAAAAGCCGUCACAGCACGCCCUUUGCAGCUUGCGAAGAAGGGCAAAAUGGGCGGUGCAAUGAGUGUUGAAGCAUCAGAAAGCCCAGAUCCCACAGAUUCUAUCCAGCCAGCAAAUGAUGCGCCCUCCGCCUCUCUGGCUCUCUGGGCUGAGGACAAUGAUAUCUCUGCGAAGGACCUUGCAGAAGCUUACGGAGGAGGCCUGAAGGACACGACGUUCAAGGGCACCAAGCCAGAUAAGAUCAAUGGAGGUCUAUCGAGGGAUGUGGAGAUUGGCAAAUAUGUGGGGAUCGAUUGCGAGAUGGUAGGAGUUGGUGGUGAGGAAGACAGAUCAGUACUGGCUCGAGUCAGUAUUGUCAAUUUCCACGGCACACAGGUGUAUGAUUCCUUCGUCAGACCAAAGGAGUUUGUCACGGACUGGAGAACGCAUGUCAGUGGAGUAUCAGCGAAGAAUAUGGCUACAGCACGAGAUUUCGAACAAGUUCAAGAGGACGUUGCGGCAAUAUUGAAGGACAGGAUCAUUGUGGGACAUGCGAUCAAGAACGACUUGGCAGCCAUGAUGCUGGGCCAUCCAAGAAGAGAUAUAAGGGAUACAUCGAGAUUCUCAGGGUUCAGGAAGUAUAGUGCGGGAAGGACCCCGAGCCUGAGAAAGCUUGCAAAGGAAAUUCUUGGCGUCGAUAUUCAGAUGGGCGAGCACUCCAGUGUUGAGGAUGCACGAGCAACUAUGCUACUUUUCAGACGCCACAAAUCUGCUUUCGACGUUGAACAUGCUCAGCGAUACCCACCUCAGACUGCUCAGGGAACUUCGAAGGCUAAACCAAAUCUCAAGAGAAAGAAGAGAACUAAGCGUUGACCAUUGCCGAUAUGUCCAAUCAGAUGUCUAGAGGGACGAAUAGCGAUGCAAUUGGAAUCUAUCUGGUCUAAGUCUCGCCAUGUCGAAGGAGUUGUAUCACAAUUCCCUGAAACCUCAUCAAAUAUUUAAAACCACUGGGAACCCCACCCAGAUGGUAGACAUUGCUGUCUAAAAUAGGUCAUCCCCGGCCAGACUCCGUCGCUGCAAACCAUAAAUCCGCUCCCUUUCUCCGCACGACUAUAA